GCGCUCCUGUGAAGUACACAUGCACAUAUCGACGCGCGCUCCCGAGACUCUCCGGACCAACUUCCAGCAGCAGAAAGUUGAGAGAGGAAAACUGAGAGUUUCCAAAGCGCAGAGGAGCUGAAGCAAACAGCACAGCGACACAGGCCGAAGCCUCACCGCCGACAUGGACGAUCUGGACGCGUUGCUGGCGGACCUGGAAUCUACUACGUCCCACAUCUCAAAGCGACCCGUGUUCUUGUCUGACGAGACCCCGUACUCCAUCCCUACCGGAGGACACUCCUACCAGGAUGUGUCGGUUCCACCUCCGGUUCCUCCUCCGCCCUCAGCCGAGGCUCUGAACGGGUCCCUGAUCGAUCAGCCGGACUCCCACCACUCCUCUCAGCAGUCGUUAGGUUCAGCCCAGAAGAGCUCAUGGUCCAGGGACAGCAGCAGCUCUCCGUUGUCUCACAUUGAAGAGGACCACGUCUACAGUUUCCCAAACAAACAGAAGUCUUCAGACUCAUCAACAGCAGCCAUGACCUCCGCCCUGGGCAGCAACCUGUCAGAGCUGGACCGGCUGCUGCUGGAGCUGAACGCCGUGCAGCAGAGCUCCCCUUCAUUCCCCACCACAGAGGAGGCGGCUCCGCCCUUACCAUCCUGCAGCAUCACCCACUAUGAGAACGGCGGCGGCCCUGACAUCACGGUGAGCCCGCCCCCUCAGGAGAAGCCCAAAAGGAACGGGACGAGGCUGGACGAGGCCCGACCCUCCGUGGAGAGUCUGCUGGACGAGCUGGAGGGUUCGGUGCCUUCACCCAGCCCCCCGGCACGCCACAGCGAUUUGGACACACCCUCUCAGCAGCAAGCCAGGAUUUCAGCGUCCUGCGCCACAAGAGAGCUGGACGAGCUGAUGGCCUCUCUGUCGGACUUCAAGAUUAUGGCCCAAGGAAAGGGCGGCGUUCCCGGUGGGCCUCCGACACAGGUCAACAAACUGGACAACAUGCUCGGUAGUCUGCAGUCUGACCUCAACAAACUGGGCGUGCAGACGGUAGCUAAAGGAGUGUGCGGUGCCUGCUGUAAGCCCAUAGUGGGACAGGUGGUGACCGCCAUGGGCCGCACGUGGCACCCUGAGCACUUUGUGUGCACACACUGUCAGGAGGAGAUCGGCUCCAGGAACUUCUUUGAGCGUGAAGGACAGCCGUACUGUGAGAAAGAUUACCACAACCUGUUCUCCCCACGCUGCUACUACUGCAACGGGCCCAUACUGGACAAAGUUGUGACGGCGCUGGAUCGGACCUGGCACCCUGAACACUUCUUCUGCGCUCAGUGUGGAUCCUUCUUUGGCCCAGAGGGUUUUCAUGAAAAGGAUGGAAAAGCCUACUGCAGGAAGGAUUACUUUGACAUGUUUGCACCGAAAUGUGGCGGCUGUGCCAGAGCCAUUUUGGAGAACUACAUCUCAGCGCUGAGCAGCCUGUGGCACCCGGAGUGUUUUGUUUGCAGGGAGUGCUUCACCCCGUUUGUGAAUGGAAGUUUCUUCGAGCACGACGGCCAGCCCUACUGUGAAGUGCACUACCACGAGCGCCGCGGCUCCCUCUGCUCCGGCUGUCAGAAGCCCAUCACGGGACGCUGUAUCACCGCCAUGGCCAAGAAGUUCCACCCGGAGCACUUUGUGUGCGCCUUCUGCCUGAAGCAGCUCAACAAAGGCACCUUCAAAGAACAGAACGACAAACCCUACUGCCACGGCUGCUUCGUCAAGCUGUUCAGUUAGGGAGUGACGGCGAGCGUCGGCAGUGCUACGUAUGGGUCGGGGUCGGGGGGGGUUACAGAAAGCGUGUUUAGCACAGGUUGGGUGGGAAUGGGAUCGUAUCAAAGAAGGUUGUCUGUAUUCUGAUGGUGACAUUGGAAGUGUGUAUGGAUAUUAGGUAUGUGCAUGUGGUUGAAGCAACAUAUUCUCUCUGCCAGACUCAAAUCAUUUUAACUUCAGAAAUUCUCAGACGGGCUGACGGUGCGUUCUUUGAAGCGCGGCGCAGAUUUUAGUCAACGUUCAGAGGACGAUGGAAACCUUGAGCUCAAGAAAAAUAAUGAAAACAGGAGGUGACAUUACUUUUUUUAUUUUAAAUCAACACUGAUUCAGGUGUUACGUGUGGGAUAUUUUCAGCAGGCGAAGAGCUGUCCUUUUAGUUAUUUCUCACAUAAUUCAAAUCUCUGUAGUUUUUAGUCUCAGUGGAUGACGGUGAAAUCUUACUGAACACUGUAGAAAUCCAUACAAUACUGCGUGUUUGACAUGUUGCUCACUGGUUGAGCGUGUCCUUUUAGAAACCAGGGAGCAGGUGACCUGUUGUUUUUUUUAACGUUACAAUAUAACCCCCCCCCGUGGCAUAAAGUUGGUCAGAGCAGAAGGAUAAACACAUUAUCACUGUAGCAUUAACUGGAACUGUUUUGUAUGUGUGAAGUUGAUUGUUGUGUCUUUAGACUUUUACAGAUGCAAUCACAUCAUUCAGCCUGAGAGAAUCCCUGCAUGUGGAGAUUUUAAAGGUCCAGUGUGAAACAUUUAGGACGAUCUGUUGGCAGAAAAAUCACCUGAGAAUAGGAAUCAUUAGCUUUUCGUUACAGAGGGAGCGGGUCGGGAUGUUUCUAGCCCAGGACGGACUCUCCAGGAAGCUGCGAUUCAGACGAUCUCAGUGAAUUCUGCACAACUUUUUUUUGCAACUUUUCUGCAAAUCUGACCGACCACUGUAAUUUCCUACAAGCUCACAUAUAGCUAAUGUUAGUUAUUGUUUUAUACCUAGUUACCUCUGAUAGCCACUGUUAACAGAAUGCUUUCUUUUCACCAAUCAAAAAAUAAAAAGCUGAGCCAUGUCAAUAGCAAUUUUAUUCUCAAUUGCCUUUGAUUUUAAAUGAAUUAUACACUUUGCUAUUUUCACUUUCUCCUGCAAAAAAAAAACCCAAAAAACAUCACAAUUUUUUACAAAAGCUGCCGUGAAACCCACACGUGGAAGGCUGAGCUGUAUUCAGUUGGUUGUAAUCUGCAACUCCACCACUAGAUGCCACUAAAUCCUGCACACUGGUCCUUUUUAAAUGUUGAUACCAGAAUGUGACACAGCUGAGUUUCAAUCAGUUUUAGUUUCCAGAGUCCGAAUCUCAAGCACACAUUAUUUAGUAGCCGACGUCGGGCGGGUGAAUAUCGUACGGUGAUUGUGAGUCUGUAGCCAACCAGCAGUCGCUGCAGUAUUACGUACGUUUGAACAAACACGUUUUUGUGCUGCCAAAUCAUUCCUCGUCUUUUCACAGCAGAAAAGAGAAAUCGAUCUGAACGUGCAGAUAUUGGGAGUACACUGUGCAUUUCUUACAUUACUGUCUCUGAGCGCAGCCUGAGAGGUUUUUUAUUGUAAAUAUCCGAUGCAGCUACGUUGUAAGCAAAGCGCUGGCGUGCUUGGCAUGUACACGUGAUUAUUAACCACUCAUUCAGCGAGGGGGAGGGGGGGGGAAGGGGAGGCAGAGAUACUUUGAUAUUUUUGGUGUCAUUACUGUAUUGAGAAGCUGAUGAAUGUUUAUUACAUAAUGCAAAGAAGUAAUUUGCUGUGAUAUUCCAAUAACUCUAUGCAACUGUGGAUUAACACCUUUCAGCGUCAGCGUGUGCCGUUGUGUCAGAACCACGUCUAAUAACACUGGCAAAUUCAGCAGAGUGCUGAUCACAGGUCAGCUGUUAGAGGGGAGCCUGGUGGUCUGUUGGGAGGAAUGCGAGGUCCGAGGAGCGUGCAGCAGUCAGAGAUGUGUCGGGCCUUCUGUUCAGGGAAUUCUAGAGCCUUAAAUCUUUUCUCACUCUAUUUAAGAUAUCAUGUAGUCUUUUCAAAUCAGUGUAGUCGAGUGUUAUUUAACCAAAGCCAUACCUUCUUUGAGUUGUUUUUGUGUCUGUUCAUCUUUCUUUCCCUCUUCUUUAUUUUUUUUCUUCCUCUUUUCACUUGGAUUGUCAAUAGUUACGAGCAGUGAGGCUCCUCACCUCUAGUCCGAUUACGCCAAUAAAUUCUGUUUUGGUAUCAAA